UUGAUAGAGAGAGAGAGGGAGAGGGUUUGUAGUUGUGUGCAGAGAGAGAAUGAGGAGAGAGAGAAGAGGGUGAAAUAGGGAUUGCAGUUGUGCUUAGGGAGAGAGAGCUAAGGAUUGCAGAGAGAGAGAGAGAGAGGGUUUUCAGUCUUGAAGAAAGAGAAAGAUAUUGCAAUCCAAGGAUAUCGAAUUGUGCAGCUAGAGAUAGAGAGUGAGAGAGGUAUUAUAGUCUGUACACAUUAGAGAUACAAGGAUUGCAGUCUUACAGAGAGAGAACAUGAAGAGAUUGUAACUGUGCAACGAGAAAGAGAUUGCAGGUGUUGCAUUUCGAGAGAGAGAGAUAUAGAUUGCAGGUGUUCCGUUGAGAGAGAAAGAGGGAAAUGAAGAGAGAGAGUAAAAUGAACGGUUCAGAUGAGAGAAUCAAGGGCCCCUGGUCCCCUGAAGAAGAUGCAGUUUUGAGUCGUCUUGUGAGCAAGUUUGGAGCGAGGAACUGGAGCCUGAUCGCAAGGGGUAUCCCUGGUCGCUCUGGUAAAUCAUGUCGACUUCGAUGGUGCAAUCAGCUCGAUCCCUGUGUCAAAAGAAAGCCCUUUACUGAGGAAGAGGAUCGAACCAUAGUUGCUGCUCAUGCAAUCCAUGGGAACAAAUGGGCUGCCAUCGCGAGGUUAUUACAAGGAAGAACCGACAAUGCAAUAAAGAACCACUGGAACUCUACCCUAAGGCGCAAGUGCCUCGAGCUUGAAAAGCUGAAUAGAGCUGGCCUUGAGAGGGUCCCUCAACAAUCACCGUACCAAUCACCUAAUGAGAACCUAUCAGCAGAUUCUUUCAAGUCUCUUGAUGAAAGAGAAGUAGCUAACUGUGAGAAUGCAUCCAACCAACAUGAAGACAAAGCCCAAACAAAAGACACAACCAAUGUGGGUGAGGAGGCUAAAGUUGGUCCAAAUCUAUUCAAGCCAGUACCAAGGUUAAGUGCGUUUAGCCCAUACAACUCCACCGAUGGCCCUGUAAAUUCACCAUCUCUCUCAAGAUUGGGCUCACUUAGGUUCCCUUCAAUCCUAACAUUGAAACCCGAUAAUGGGUUAUUCCAAAUGGUUAACGAUGUUUGUGGUGGACCUCGGGUUCCUGUAAGAUGUGGGCACGGGUGUUGUGGAACCGAAAACCAUAAGCAAAGCACCAACUCUUUGUUGGGUCCUGAGUUUGUUGAGCAUCUUGAACCCCCUUUAUCUGCUCAUGAGUUUUCUUCAGUAGUUGCAGAGUUGGGCAAGCUUUCCUGGCCUAAGAGUGGUGGCCUAGAGAUUGGCAGCCAUGACUUGUAUAGAACUGAAAAUGGUCAUGUGGGUUUUCCCCCAAAGAAUGAUGCUGAUCAGGUAAGCUUGAUUGGGUCCCAAAAUGAAGCUAUGAAGAUUGAUGGGGAAGAGGCAAAUGGGUCACUGCAUAAUGACUAUGGAGAUGGGGAUAAGCUUGUGAGCAUGAUGAAAGAGAUGCUUUCAUCUCAGAUUGCUAAACAUGCUCUAGUGAUGGCGGCACAAGUUGACGGGUUAAGCUAAAAGGGUGCUUAUUCUGAUUCCAAUGAUUUUGGAACUGGUUAUUGAAAUUGUAUGGUACUUGUAGAGCUUUAUAGGAGAGGGAAAUUAGACAAGGGGAGGUGGCAUUUUUAAUGUAGAAAGCACUGAGGAAGCAUCCAAGUACUGAACAGGAAUACUGCCUGAGUAGGAGACUGGUAACUGAGGUCUCGGGAGUGAACGAAUAGGACCAAGGAAUGUGUAACAUACUAAGAGUAAGUUAGUGAACAGUGUCUUGAUCUUAGUGUUUGGAUGAGUAAGAAAAUGAAAGCUGUGUUUGAGAGAGAGAGAGAGAGAGUGUGUGUGUGUGUGUGUGUGAGAGAGAGAGAGAGAGAGGAAUUAUUGGGGGUAAGACAGAGAGAACAUAUGUUUCAGGUGUAAUAAAGUGAUGGAGAGCAAGAGACAACAUAUGUUUCAGGUGUAAUAAAGUGAUUGAGAACA